AUGGAAUUGAAUGGUUUUUUUGUUCUGACGUUCCUCGCGGUCGCUCCUCUUGGUGGCGAGGCCCAGGGACUCAGGAGAUCUCCGGAGACGAAACUACAGGUGGAGGAUGACAUCAACGGUCCAGCUUUAAACAGCUUUCUGGAAAAUGUCCUGCGAGCCAAAGACGAAUUAAAAUCAAUCGACAGGAUUAUUAAUCCCGGUAGCUACAGAACACGAAACAGCAAGAGACGACUCCUCUGGUCAAAGCACGGUCACCGAAGACGCGCUGCGAUAAGAGAUUAUGGGAGUGAUAAAGAUGCCGAUGGAAUUGGGGAUAGGAGUGCAGCGAAUGAGGUGGAUAUUGAGACGAUUCUUGGUGACCUGGGAUUCUCCGGUGAAAACUCACCAGCGAGGAAUCUCGGGAAGAAUAUGAAGGUUGAAAGGAGACGUUAUCCAAUUUCCGAUUUAACUGGUAGUGGUAUCAUUGAGUACUAUGAUUACGAGGGAGAUGUGGGGAAACGAGACUCGAUGAAUUCUGUCAAUGCGAGUGGUAGUACUACAACGAUAAGUGACAUGGAGACAAUAAAAAAAGAAGUGGCUACUUCAACGCAAAACGCAUCAGACACUACUACACUUCCUUCCCCCCGUCAAGAAUUCCUCAGCGAUGAAGUUCGUCCCGAGGAUAAAAAAUUAAUCGUGGAUCUCGACGAUCAGGCGAGUGAGAAUCGCGAGGACAGGGACAUGGAGAUCGCUAAUGAUCUGGAUGGCGAUACGGUUGGACGUGAGGCUCGAUGUCACAGGGAUGAAGAGGAUGGGGGAGAUGGAAUGCUCGUUCACUCGCAUUUUCUGGAGAUUCAGGAGUACGAGAUCAUUCCUGCAAGGGCUAAUGGACUUGGUGAACCCAACAUACGAUCUCCAAAAGCUUCAAAUCCCGGUCAAACGUUCUUCAUAAUAUCCCCAGUAAACCCCCCUGAAGACAACAGUUCAUCGCCAUCUGGAAGUGAUUAUCAGGCCUUGAAAGUCACAGACGAUAUGUUUAAAGGAGGAGUUGAACAGGGAAAUUCACUCGAAGACUCCCGCAACGUUUUCUUCUCCAAUGUCAACGAAAUUCAGAACGAUAAACACUGGAAAUCCCUCCAGAAAGAUUUUAUCCAAUAGGAAGAGGACCAGAAGCCCGAAAAUCAGGGGGACCUCAAGUUGAUUCGCAAUGGCGAAUCGCCUUUUGAAAUUCACCGUGAAUCCAUAAACAAAGAGACAUCAACCCCGAACAAACAGCCAAGGGGAAAGCGUUCGAGCGAACUUGGCCCAAUAAUGCGUUAUGAGUCGAUAGUGGAGCCCUACAACUGGCCGUGGCUGGAUUAUGACAGCCGAGAAAAUACAAAGAUGGGAUUUGGUAGAGAACUUAUGCAAGCGUUCGAGACAAACUCCGAGGUCAGUGAAUUCACAAGUAGCGAGAGAAUACCGCCCGACGGUUUCUCAAGAAGUGUAACCAGACACCGUGACAGUAACCAGAAUUUCAAAGAAUUCUGGCAUCCAAGGGCACUCACUUAUCUUCAUAGAAGGAGCAGGCCGUAUUUCAAAGGGAAACAAAAAUUUCUUAAAAAUCGUUCAACUCAGUUUGAUACUGUGAAAAGAGUGAAACGAGGCACGAAUGGAGGGCCUCGAGUGGGCAGACUUGUGGGGGGUGCGCAUUCAAAGGAUGUGGAGCAAAUGGGGCUCGCUGUGCGCGGAGAUCUCGCUGGAAAAAUUGUGGAUAAAAUUUUUGAACAAGUUCAGAAAAAUGAGCCAUUAAAAGCGAAGCUAGGCUCAGGUUUAAGUCGUCGCGCCAAACCCGGUCCACUUCCCCCCGCGAUACCGGAACCCAGUGAUCCAGAAGAGAUAAAACGUACCGAAGAGAUAAUGAAGAAGGUCAUGGAGCUUUUGGGUCACCUCGUGUCAACCGAAGUUCACCAUAAGACUUGCACAAAGUUACCACCGCAUUUGCAUGAAUUUUUGGUGUGGAUGGUGGGAGACGAGGAGUCACGCGACAUCCAGAGAACAACGGCCCAGCCAGUGGUCCACCCCAAGCACCAGCAGGAGGAGAAUUCCAAGCCCGAGAGAUUCCAGUCGUCAAGCAGCCAACAACCCGAGACCCAGACACCGCUGCCCACUGAUCUCUACCGAAAGGUUCGCUUGUUAAAAGGCCUGAUAAAAGAGUAUCUCGCACUUAGCGAGAAGGAACAGACGAAAGUCCAGGCAGUGCACGAUUACCUCGAAAGACAAUUGCACUUGCUCCUGAAAUACAUCGAAUCAAAGGAGAAAGCAAAACCUCAAUCAGCAUCCCCGAAAAAACGCUCAGGCAGCGCUCUCCACUCCCACCCUUUUGCCUCCCAGCUCUACGAAGAUGACGAUGAAUUGCAGGAUUUGCCCCUCAAAGCCGAGAGCUAUCAAAGCCGGAGACGGAGGCAAGUGGAAAAAGGACGGAAGAAGAAAAAACACAAGGCUCAUAAUCACAAGAAGAACAAACACCGAAAGAAAUCCCAUCAUCACAGAGACCAACAUUUGCGGAAAAAACGGUCAAUAACUCAAGCUAAUUACUUACCCUGGGAGGUACCAAGAAUCUUUGAUGCUAACCUCAAGUUCUUGAGUAAUGUAUCCUCAACAAAAGAUGAUGUUUUGAAGAUUCUUUUCGAAGGCACACAAACAAGCGAAGGGGUUGAUAAAUCCUCUGUCAAGUCUUCGAAAACUUCUUCACUAACAAUCCCAACAUCUUUAGCACCCCCGACACUUGGCAUAGUCGCAAAAAUUCAUCGACCUGAAUUAAUAACUGCACCCAAUAGCAGUAUCACUGUUGCCUCAUUACCCCCGGAAGAAAAUUCCGGUCGAGUGAAUGUAAUUGAAAAUAAGGUGGACAACUCGCGAACUCUAAACAGUCUCGAGAGCCGAAUUAACGUUUUUCCUGUAUCGCCGUAA